CAGACUCUCAUUACCCACAGCCCCGCAAUCCAUCAUGGGCGAGCAUGAACCUGUCGUCUCACAUGGCCGAGGAGGCCAAGGAAACAUCGGCGCCGACUCAACCCCCUACGUCGAUGGCGGUAUAGUCCGUGAAGGAGCCUACGGUGACCAGGGCGAUGGCGCUUAUUCUGCCGGCCGAGGCGGCGCCGGUAACAUCGGUUCUCCACACGUGCGUCCAACGAGCAGACAACCCCACGACGCGGAGGUCGUUCCCGAGCUUGCGAUCCGCAAUUCCGGCGAGGGAGAUUAUCACGUUGGGCGCGGCGGUCAGGGAAACGUACACCUCGACGAAGAACACAAGAAAGAGAAAGAGGAGAAGAAGCAUCAGAAGUCGCUAGCUCAUGAGGGCCUGGCGGAUAAGUUGAAGCAUAAGCUGUUGGGGAGGAAGUAAUGGCGCGGGACUCUUCCUGCCCUCGGAUAGCUUGCUACCUAUAUCCUGGUUUGUAUGAGGGAUAUGGGCUGUGGUGAUUGAUUGGAUUGAUUGGGUUGAUUGGGUUGUUCGAGGGUGCUGUGCUCAUCAAGUCUGCCCAUCUUUUCUUUGCGAUGCAUUUGUUUCUUGUGUCUUUUGUGAUUCCCAUGUUUGUUUAUUUGUUUACUGUAAGUAGCU